CUUAAUUGAAACUUGAGAUUUGAUAGUUGACAGCCACUAGGCACACACAUGUAUAUAUAGAUAUAUAGAUAGAUACAAACACAAAAGAAAACUAAAAAGUGUGUAUGUGAUCUCAUAGAGAAUCCUCAACUCUCUCCCUCACACAAACACACUUUAAUAAGAUAGUUGGAGUCACGAGAGGAGGAAGCUAAGGAAAUUAAAAGGGAGAAAAGAAAAGAAAAGAAAAGAGAGUCACAGGAAUCAUGGAGAGAAGAGUGAAUAACGGUUCAUCAGCAAAGAAUGGACAGGUUCUAGACGGUUCCAAUAUAAUGGAGUUGGUUGGGAACGAGGCAGUGUUCAGCAACUUCGUGGACCAUAAGUUUCAGGAGCUGGAUAGAGACAGAGAUGGCAAGCUUUCUGUGAAGGAACUUCAACCUGCUGUUGCUGAUAUUGGUGCUGCUCUUGGUCUCCCUGCUCAGGGUUCUAACCCUGAUUCUGACCACAUCUAUUCUGAGGUGUUGAAUGAGUUCACACAUGGCAAGCAAGAAAAAGUGAGCAAGAGUGAGUUCAAGGAGGUUCUGUCAGACAUUCUGUUGGGUAUGGCUGCUGGUUUGAAGAGAGAUCCAAUUGUGAUUCUACGCAUUGAUGGUGAAGAUCUUCUUGAGUUUCUUAAUGGCCCAAGUUAUGAAGCUGAAAUGGCAUCCAUAUUCUCUCAGAUUGGUUCCCCUCAAAAAUCACUUCGUCACCAUAUAGUUGAAGCUUUUUCUAAACUCACUGUUGAUCAAGGAAUUCCUCCUGCUUCAGAUUCUUGGGUGUUUAGCAACAUUGUGGAACCUGUACUGUUAUCUCAAGGUGGACCUGAUUGGGAUAAGCCUCUUGCUUCUGAAAAUCAAGAGACGUUUUUGGAGGGGUUUAAGAAAGUUGCAUUAUGUGUAGCUGAACGGCUUAAGGAGCAACCUGUCAUUGUUGCUCAUAGCGAAAACACCUUUGAUGGAUCUGGUGUUAAGAGACUACUAUCCAACAAGUUUGAAUUUGACAAGACUUUGAAUUCAGUUGUAGAGAAUUUGCCUAAAGAUAAGAAUGGAAAAAUUUCAAAGGAGUAUCUACGGCUAGCACUAGAUGGAGUGUCUCCAUCUGCUGGAUUACCACCAUUUGGUGCAAUUGAAGAGAUGGAUAAGGUUAUUGGAGAAGUGUUCAAGAUGAUGAAUGCAGAUGAUGCGAAGAUGGUUAAAGAAGAUGAAUUCAAGAAACUGUUAACUGAAAUACUAGGAAGUAUUAUGUUGCAGCUUGAGGGAAAUCCCAUAUCAGUUUCUUCCAACUCUGUAGUGCAUGAGCCUCUUGGUUCUUCUUCUUCACUUCUCAAGCCAUCAACUACUGAAACAGCAGCAUAACCUUCUCCCAAGUAUAUAUAUAUGACACUUAAAAAUUAAUAAUAAUCAUAUCAUAAUAAUAUAUAACAUAUGGAAACUAUUAAUUAGUAGCAUGACUUGUCAAGUUUGUAUGUAUGCUGUGGGGAUAUUUAUGAAUCUGGAAAUUUAGAAAAUGCCAUGGAGAUGGAAGAGUUAUUACUUAUUAGUCAUCAAUCACUUCCUGGUUUAUUUGGGCAUGUUGGCUGUUUUAUCAUGGCAUAAAAAAAGAAAAAUGAAAAUUGCAUUUUAUUCUGAUG